AAAAUAGAGGGAGUAUAGUAUAAUUUUCAUCUAAAUUAUGAAGAUGAAUGAUAUUUAUAAAAUUUUAGAUCAAACAAAUAAAUAAAAAUAUUAUUAAAAAGAAAAUAAAAAUAGAAUAAUAAUAUAAAAAAGAAUAGAUUAAUCGGUUUAGGCAGAAAAAAUCGGAUAUCCAAUUUUUUAAAUCGAUUUGGCAUAAAUCGGAACUGAAAACUAACUCGCAGCGGCCGAUUUUUAAGACAGUGGAAAAUGUUAGUAUAAAAAUUCUCUCUGUUAAUUUUGGCUGAUUCUUUAACAUCUGAUGACAAACCUGAUUUAUUUUUCUGACAAAGGCGAAAAAUAGCCCAUGAAUCAUCUAGUAUAUAGCCCAAAAGGCCCAAAAUGAACGACCACUACAAAUAACCACCACGAGGCCUUCGUCUUGAUUUCUGUCUUUUUGAGCGGUUGCGAAACGAAUGAAUGAUGGUUGGGUUUGAUACAUAUGUAGGAGAUGACUUUGGAGAUGUCUGUUUGUUAGAGAUAGGGAACAAUGAUGCAAGUUUUUGUCCACUAAUGUUUGGCAGGUGGGUAGUAUACGUAAUAUCAUUUAGAUGUACAUCGAGUUUGAGGGACGACUUGUAUAUGUACCAAAAAAAAAAAGGGGUAGCACUAGAUGCUUGUUUUCCAUAUCUAGAGUUACAAAACAUUUAAAACAUGUUUGAUUUACGUGAGUGUCAUGAGAUAAUUGAGAUUAGUGGAAGAUUUAAUAGUCUCGAAGUUUUUUUUGUGUGAAAAGCCAUGGAGUUUGUAAUUGAACAACUCUUUACAUGUUUUUCCUACCUAACAGAAGUAAAAGCCUCUCUUAAUCAUGAUAACAACAUUACUAUCAUUAUUAAGAAAAUGUUUAUGAUGUGGAAAGUUCCGUUGAGAUGAGUUGUAGAAGUCUAAGGCUUUCAUUUUUUGCUGUAUAAUUUGUUGUCAAACCUAAUAAAGAGGAAUCUUGUGUUUUCUAAUGGCUGAUCUCUCAUGGGCAAAAAGGUUAAUAGUGCCUUUACAGUUCAAACAACCUAUAUAUGACCUAUCAGUCUUAAAUAAAUUGCAAUAUUAAAACCCGUAACAGUGAGAGUUGUCUUGUGUCUAUUUCAUAACUUUUGUAAAUUGUAAUGCGAAACAUGUUUCGUUUACAGUUUCUAAAGUACAAAGCUACAAACAGAGUGAUAAAACCAUAAAAGUUGGAACUAUUGAAAUGUGAUUUACAAUGCAUAGUACUGACCAAAAUAGACUCUUUUAUACGUUUUUUCUAUCCAAAUGUAUAUUUAUAACAGUUUUUUAAAAACUAAUACAGACACGACCGUCCUCAUCGGAAUGUAUCAUUCCACAUUAUACGUACCAUAACUUGCGUUAUGGGAAUUCUGAUUUGGGAGAUGUGUAGAACCUGAAUUUUUCACCAUUUGAUGUUUUGAGAGUGGUACAAGUUAUGGCGGGUUCAGAUGUGGAUAUACUGGUAUCAGUGACAAUUUAUCUACUCAAUCAUACGAGUGUAAGUACAAUUGUAUUCGUAUUGUUGUGCUGAAACUUUUAGGUUAUUCUUUUUCCAUUUAUUAGAAGUUUACUGAAAAUAACUGAAGAACAAGAAUUUAAAUGGGCAAAAUAUUAUUUCUGAGUAAUACUUCCAACAUUGUCUAACAACUCUUAUUCAAUAGUAUUAAUAAGAAACUUCAAUAGCGGUCACUAUUGUCUUUUAUCGUUUCGCACGCAACUUUAUCUUCAGGUCGUUUUUUCAACCUAGAGGAAAACUUCGUCGCUAAGAAGUCGUCUUACGACGUAACGCGUCUUCUCUUUUCUUCCUUAUUAUAAUUCACAUUCAAACGGAAGAUCACACAAACCUAUUCUCUCUCGGUCUCUCUCCUUUACAGCUUGUAGCAGAGCAAAUGGGGAAGAAGCUUGACGCUUUGCUUGGUCGGAGUUUCAAAACCAACAAGUUCAAGUCUCUCCUCAACUUAGCUCUCACGAGGCUCUCUAUCCUCAAGAACCAACGUCAAGUUAGAUGUUCCCAAGCCACCUCUGACGUCACCGAGCUUCUUAAACUCGGCCACCACGAGAACGCUUACCACAGAGUCGACCAAGUGAUAAAAGACCAAAACACCCUCGACGUCCUCUUCUUCAUCCACGGCUACUUCACUCUCUUGAUCGACCGUGUGCACCUCUUCGAACACAACAGGGAUUGCCCUGAUGAGAUUCUUGAAGCUGUUUCCGGCUUGCUCUUUGCAGCUUCUAGGAUCGGAGAGUUUCCUGAGCUUCAAGAGAUUCGCAACGUUUUGAUCUCGCGUUUUGGCAAAGAUAUGGCUGCUCGGUCCAUUGAGUUGCGCAGUAAUUGUGGAGUUAAUCCCACAAUAAUUCAGAAGUUGUCGACAAGACAUCCACCGAGAGAGGUUAGAAUGAAGGUUCUGAAGGAGAUAGCUGCAGAGAACAACAUCGUUCUGAAACUAGAAGAAGCUUCUUCUACAUCCACUGAGAUAAAAUCGUCAGAUGUUCCUAAGGCUAAGUUAACAAGUGAGGAUGGAGAAGGAUAUGAGUUAUCUGAUUCGGUAAAGAGAGGAAAGAAGAAGUACAAAGAUGUGGCUGAUGCUGCACAAGCAGCGUUUGAGUCAGCGGCUCAUGCAGCAGAUGCUGCACGAGCUGCUGUGGAGCUUUCUCAGUUUUCUCCGCGUGCUGGGGGAAAUUCAUUUAGUGGUUCUGAAAACAAGAUAUCAGAACAAGAAGGUAAUGCUGAUGAUUUUAGAGGAGGUGAGGUUGAUUUGAGGUCAGAAUCCAAGAGGUCUAUGUCGGAUUCAGAUGAAAUUAUUGAGGAUGUCCCAGUGAUGUCGUUUAGAGAAGACCCUGUGAAGUUGUUGGAGAAGGAUGUUGUAAUCUAUGAUAGUGAGGAAGAAAUCCAAUAUACUACUAAGCCCAAUACUACUACUAAUGUUAAAGAGAAGCAACAUGUUAUGGAUCUUCCAAAUAGAGAUACAGGACAUGUGGACCACACGGUUCACUCGGUUGGAGAUCCUUUUAUGCGUAAAGUUGGUUUGAAGGGUCCGGUUUCAGUCCGGACAAGACAGGUACGUGGAUACUAAGAAGUUUAAGUUUUGUUAAUCAGGUGCAUCUUUGAUGACUGAGUUUUGUAUAAUAUUUUUCUGUGUUUUCUUUUCUUGGUCAAGGGUGUAAGAAUAUUGUUCUUUUAAUGGAUAUAAGAUUUCAAUAACGUUGAAAAGUUGCGUAUGUUUUCUAUAUUCAUGAAAAGUUUUUAGAAUGAAAUUGACCCGUGAGAGAAAUUUCUAAGAAAUCGCCUGGAAAUUACUGGCCCAUGCCCCCUCUUUUUUACCAUGUUGGAUGAGGUCAGAAUAAGCCUGAAGACUUAGACCGACAUAUUCAUCAUAUUCAACUCCAAGCUCCUCCUACCAAGUCACAUUAUUCAAACAUUACCGCUUAGUUAAUGUAGUUUGAAAGAGGAAACUUGUGAAGAUGUAUAAUUUUGCACCUUAAUUUUUUUUUUUUUUUUUUUUUGUUUAACCAGGUGUUGGCCAACCUUCGGCCAGCCCACCACCUAGGCCCGGCGCCAGCCUUUGCCUGUACCGGUUAGGGCCCUGGGCACGCCUCUCCGCCCUGCGAAUCGAACAGCUGACCUCCCCAAGGGGUAGAUACCACUAGACUAUCGAGUCCGGGUUUUGCACCUUAAAUUCCUUAGUACCUUUGGGUGAGUUAUCUGUCAGAGUCAGGUUCGGGCCCUGAGCUAAACGAGUAAAGCUCUUGUUUUAGGCGGCAAAAUAUGUUAUCUAUUUUAGAGGCAGAAAAUUUGUAAAAAUUCAUAGUGAUGCAGUGGUUUGAGCCAUUGCUUGUAAUUUAUGGAUAUUCGUUCAACU